UUUAUCCUCAAUAGACCUAACCUGUCCCGCUUCCAACUGCAAUCCACCGAAAAAUCCUCCGAAACGUCAGGCACACUCGGCACGGCAAAGGACCGCUCAAGUCAAAACGUCCUGGAAGCCAUUACACCAACUGCGACGCAGUCAUGAGAGUGAUCAAGGACGAUCUGUUGAGAUGGAUCUGCGAGAGACACGCUACUGGUUGUCUCCUUGACAGGCAUCUCCUACGUGACAAGGCCCUCGAAUUAGCCCACAAGCACGGACUGACCAAUUUUAAAUGUUCUGAGAAAUGGCUAACAUCUUUUCUGAAGAAGUACGGCUUUAAUACGAAGAAACCCUCUGGACCGAUUUUCAACAACUAUCGUCUCUGGAUCGACGUGAUGCGACCCAUUAUCAUUCAGUACAAGCACAAAAAUCUCUUCCAUGUGGAUGAAUUGACGAUGUAUUCGGACGUUCCACCUACCGGAAUAUCAGCGUCAAAAAUACGGCAGAACGAGUCCGAUACGAAUUUGAAGAAAACGACUAUACUGUUAUGCUGCAACGCCUCUGGCACCGAGAAGCUGCCACUAUUGAUCUGCGGUUCUUAUCUCGCCGUCAUAAUGGGCAAGGAUCACAUAUAUAGUCACAGUGAGGACGCCUCGAUAAACGAUAGUCUCUUCAGAGAAUGGUUGAUCCAAUUGAACCAUCUUAUGUCAAAUAACGAUCGCAGAAUCCUGCUACUAUUGCAUAGAAAUCGCAUCGACGCUCUUCGAGAUCUCGAAUUGAGCAACAUUAGAUAUGUCUUUUUUCCUGAUGACUUUCCGCCAAUGUUGAGACCCCUAAAAAGAGAUGUCUUCCAUUUCAUCAAAAUGACUUACAGAAGCAAGUAUGUAGAAGGAAUCAGAGAACGUAGACACCGAUGGAACGUCGAGAACGUAGUGAGAAGCUUGGUGGAAGCAUGGCGGCAAGUUCCGCGCGAUCUCAUUAUCGCCAGUUUUCAGCGAACAAGCUUUCGAACCGACGACUGCUUUCUAGAAAUCCGUUGCGAUGCGUGGGAAGAUCUGAAGUCGAAAAUAUCUUUCAGGAGGUUCGUCACAUUCGACGAUUAUCUCUCAGCCAGUGCAUCGCAGAAGCAGUGCGAGUCUAUCAGCAGCAAUCACAGCUAUAAUCUGAGGAGUCGAAUUUCUGGAGAAGCCGAUAAAUUUGAUAACCUGUUCGAUUUUGCUAUUAGUUCAAAGAAAAAAGACCCAAUUGUUAAUCGCGCACUAGUGAAUGAAAUUUCUAAAAUAACUUAUGAAAAUAAAGAUAUUGAUUGGAAGAGAACAAACCAGCUAAAGAGAUCGCAUGACAAGGCUCAAUUAGACGAAGAACUUUACGAGGAAGCUAAGCCAAGCGAUGAAUCAACGUCGAGUGAAAAUGAAGAUAUCGCCGUUAUUUCAACGUCAGAGAGGCCUCCGAAGGUCGUCGACAUCCAGAUCGAAAGUAUAGCUCAGACCUCUAAAUCCGGUAAUGUCUACUCGACGACGCGAGCAAGCGUGAACGAAUCCAGGACAAAUACAGAGUACGAUAAAAAUGAAUGCGAUAAAACGGCCAACAAUGAGGAGGGAUGUAAAAAUAGUCGAGUAUCGAGCAACGAGCGAUCGAUCGAAUCUCCGCAGGCUGACAACGUGAAUAACGACGAUAUCGCGUCGCAACAAGUGUUUGACGAUACAUCUAUCAUUGAUUCACAAUCAGACACAAAGGAGUCGAAUGCGAAAGUAGUUUCUUACUCCAUCUUGAGAGACGAAGUCGAGAAGGCCGAUCUGGACGGAAAUGUUAGGGAUUUCUCACGGAAGUCGCUGAAAAGACGUUCCGUCGACGUCGAUGAAUCUCAGGGUAAUUCUAACGAUGAACCAGAGCGGAAAAGAUUGAGAUCUGAUUCUGACUGGAUGAAACAGUACGAAACGGCGUUCGUCUUCGGUCCGUUCGAGGUAGCGCGAACUGUAACUACUGUUUCCGCCGACGCACUCACGAUUAGUGAUAGUGGUGUACCACAACCGAGACCAAGGCGCUCAUGCGAGACGGAGAGGAGUAUCUUCACCAUAAGUCCCAAGAGAGAUUAAACGUCGUUUUACAAGAAAGGAAAAGAAAUGAUGAAUCUUGGAGGAAUCUAAAAAUCAAGAGGAUCAUGUGUGCAAUCAAAUAUUUAAUUAUCUUACAGUAAACAGGUUUAAAAAAUGACAAAAAUUAAUAUCGCUGUAAAUCUAUCACAUAAUAUUUUUUUAUCAAUGAACUUACUCAUGUAGGCGAUGAUUUAAUUAUGAUCAAUAACG